AGGAUUGGUACCUGAAGUUGUCACUAUUAGACCUAAUAAAAGGGACACGUAGGGAUCUUUAUAUGGGGGAGAUGACUCAGAUGAAGCACAUUAUAAUGUUCUCCUUUACGUGUUACAUUUACAUUGGCAUGGUCUUGUUGAAAUUUAUGCUUGCAAUUUCUGGGAAAAUGAGUGAAGAUAUCAUUUCAUGUACAUGGGUUUCUUAUAAGAACAGGCCUCAAGUAGAUGAGAGAAAUUAAACUCAAAAGAGAAACACAGAUAGAGAGAGAGAGAAUAGAGGUAGAAGAUGAAGGUGCAUGGUGUGUUCUUGGUGGCUGUUUUCUUCUACCUUACGUAUACACAGCUGGUCAAGGGGCAACUUCAACCUCACGAAGGUUGCCAAACUAGAUGUGGUGAGGUUGAAAUCAAGUAUCCUUUUGGCAUUUCUUCAGGUUGUUACUAUCCUGGAGAUGAUAGUUUUAAUAUCACCUGUAAGGAAGAUAGGUCAUACGUGUUAGGCCACAUUGAAGUGACAAAGUUUACUCACAGCAGCCAUCUACAAGUUCUGCUUAACCGAUCCUCUUAUUGCGACGACGAGCAAGGAAAGAAAAACAUAUCCGUUGACAGCAAUUAUGAUCUGGGUAAUUUUUCCAUUUCCACCAAAAACAAGCUUACUUUAGUAGGAUGCAAUGCUUUGGCACUGGUGGCCACUUCUGGAGAUAAACCUUACGCAACUGUAUGCAUAUCAGCAUGCGAAUCUCUACCAGCGGCAGAUGAAAAAUGUGACGGUGAAGGUUGCUGCACAACAGAUAUCUUUGACGAAUGGGAUAACUAUUUUGUCGAAAUUGGAUCAACUCGCUUGCGGUUGCCGAACCAGGCUUCAGUGCAUCAUUUUCAUCCUUGCGUCUACGCCUUUCUUGUCGAAGGUGGUAAGUUUAACUUCUCUCCUUCCCAUGAUCUUAUGAAUCUGCGGAAUAAGACGACGUUCCCUGUGUUACUGGAUUGGUCUGUUGGAAACCAGAGCUGCCAGAAAGUUGGAAACACAAACAUAUGCGGCGAGAACAGCGUAUGUGCCAACUCUACUAAUAGAAGAACCGGGUAUAUAUGCAAAUGUAAAGAUGGUUACGAAGGGAACCCAUACCUUUCGAAUGAACACGGUUGCCAAGACUUCAACGAGUGUGCUACUGGUAGACAUAACUGUUCAGAUCACAGCACAUGUAAAGACAAGGUUGGAGGUUUCGAAUGUGAGUGCCAUUUUGGUUACCACUUCGAUACCACCACUAUGAGUUGCAAGUUAGAUACCACCACUAUGAAUGGCAAGCGCAAGGGUAUAGACUUUAGAUGGCCUAUGAUUCUUAUUGGAAACGCCAUUGGCUUGUUGUUCAUCCUGCUUGGCGUUACCUGUAUGCAACAGAAAACAAAGCACCGGAAAUACAAACUCCGACAAAAAUUCUUCGAGCAAAACGGCGGCGGCUUAUUGGUACAGAGACUCUCGGGAGCAGGGGCAUCAAAUGUUGAUUUCAAAAUCUUUACUGAAGAAGGCAUGAAGGAAGCAACUAAUAGUUAUGAAGAAAGUAGAAUCUUGGGCCAGGGAGGCCAAGGAACAGUUUACAAAGGGAUAUUGCCAGACAACUCAGUAGUUGCUAUAAAGAAAGCUAGGCUUGGUGGAGACCGUAGCCAAGUAGAGCAGUUCAUCUACGAGAUGCUGGUGCUUUUACAAAUCAACCAUAGGAACGUUGUCAAGCUCUUGGGCUGCUGUCUAGAGACUGAAGUUCCCUUGCUCGUCUAUGAGUUCGUAUCUAAUGGCACCCUUUACGACCACUUGCAUGGUUCCAUGUUUGAUUAUUCUCUUACAUGGGAACACCGUCUGAGGAUAGCAAUAGAAGUCGCUGGAACUCUUGCAUAUCUUCACUCCUCUGCUUCUAUCCCAAUCAUCCACCGUGAUAUCAAGACUGCUAAUAUUCUCCUGGAUGAAAACUUAACUGCAAAGGUAGCUGACUUUGGUGCUUCAAAGCUGGUACCGAUGGAUAAAGAUCAGCUCACGACUAUGGUACAAGGCACUCUGGGUUACCUAGACCCGGAAUACUUCACCACAGGGUUGCUGAACGAAAAGAGCGACGUUUACAGCUUUGGGGUAGUCCUCAUGGAACUGCUCUCAGGUCAAAAGGCAUUGUGCUUUGAAAGGCCAGAAUACUCAAGACACCUGGUGACUUACUUUUCUUGUGCCACAAAAGAGAAUAGGUUGCAUGAGAUUAUUGACAGCCAAGCAAUGAACGAGUAUAAUCAGAGGGGGAUCCAUGAAGCUUCACUAAUUGCUGUUGAGUGCACAAGACUGAUGGGAGAAGAAAGACCAAGGAUGAAAGAAGUAGCUGCAAAGCUUGAGGGCUUGAGAGUCACGGAAACCAAACAUCAGUGGUCGGAUCGGUAUAAUGAGCCAGAGGUGAAUGAGCACUUGAUCUGCGUUGAAACCAUAUCAGGGCAAGGGGAUACAAGUAGCACUGGUUAUGAUAGCAUCAAUAAUGUAGCAAGGUUGCACAUUGAAGGUGGCCGUUGAUAUUUUAUUAGUCUUUUUUUUUUAAUGAACAUUGUCAUUUAUUUUAUUAUUUCUCUGCUCUAUUGUCUAUUUACAUUGAUGAACAUUUAUGCUUUUGACUGAUUCUUGUAUGUCCUCAAAUCUGAGAUAUCACUAUGGUUACAAAAAGAAAUUAAAGAAACCACACAAAAAGACACAUAAUGUGAUGAUCAACACCGACCUCCUUCUUAGUUUCUUCAUCUUUAUCAUCUUGUGGAGUUCAUCAAAGAUUCUGCUUGGAUAGUAAGAGCGUACGCUUGGUCAAGAGACGGAGGAGGACUCAUGGCCAUGAUUUGCCUUCUCAAAAAGCUUAGAUCUUUGUUCAAACCCAUCAGAAACGCGUAAAGCUGCUCCUUCUCUCUCACCUCUUUGUCUCGUUCCGACAUCUCGCACGCAGUAUCAUAUUCCGACAGCUCCAUCCAAACACUAUUCAGUUUCCCGAAGUAUCUCGCAACCGAGUCGCCAUCUUGCCUCAUCAGAUCAAUUCUCUGACGAAGCUGUCGGAUCCUCAACUCGACGCUUGGAACGAACAUCAUACGGAGAUCAUCCCAAGCUUUAUGCGCCGUGUCUGCGUAACGCACGUAGUCUUGUAAGUUUUCGCUCAAGGAACUCAUCAUCCAUAACUUGACCCUCGCGUUGCACACUUUCCAUGGUUGAUAUAACGGCGAGGAAGGCUCAGGUAACACGACGGUACCGUCAACGAACCCUGUUUUGUUCUUGCUUCGAAGGAAACCGAGAAAAUGUUUCUUCCAGGUGAAGAAGUUGUCUUCGUCUUGGUUGAGUAUAACCAUAGGGAGAUUUUCGUCGGGUUGAUAAUCUGGAUCCACAUAGUAGGGAGAUUCUGGAUCGAGUUCGGCCAUUGUCACUGUUCUCUGAGCUCUGUAUAGUGUUUGUUUAUCUUUUCUAGAGAUUUGCUUUUUAUCUCGCUACUGUUGGUAAAAGAUAAUGAUUUAUAUAUUCCAAAGUAACUACUUGGGUUUAACUGGGCCUUGGACUUCUCUUUCUAAACACAAAAGAUUGUAUUUUCAUUCACAUGAAAGUAGAAACCAUCUCAAGUGACCAUAUGAUUUCUUGUGUGUAUUUCUUGGUGAUAUUAACACACUAAGUUUGAGUUUCAUUCUUGGAUUACGUUUUCAUUACCAGUGGCAUCUUAUCUCCACUUGCACGGAUACAUGUUUGAUCUUUCUAUUACAUGGGAAGACCACCUGAGGAUAGCAGUGGCAAUUGCUGGAACUCUUCUCUGCUUCUAUUCCAAUUAUCCACCGUAAUAUCAAGACUGCUAAUAUUACCCUAGAGCUAUAAACUGACUUUGGUGUUUCAAGGCUGAUACCGAAGUAUAAAGAGCAGUUCGAAAAGAGUGAUGUUUAUAGCUUUGGGGUAGUCCUCAUUAAACUGCUUUGUGGCCAAAAGUUCAUGUGCUUUGAAAGGCCACAGCAGUAAAAACAUCUGGUGAGUUAAUUUUCUUGUGCCACAAAAGAGAAUAGGUUGCAUGAGGUUGUUGACGGCCAAGUAAUGAAUGAAUAUAAUCAGAGGGAGAUCCAGGAAGCUGCAUGAAUUGAUGUCGAGUAUACAAGACUCAUGGGAAUGGAAAGGCCAAAUAUGAAAGAAGUAGCUGCAGAGAUAAAGGAUUUGAGAGGCACACAAACCAUACAUCAGUGGUAAGAACAGAAUCCAUCACUGCAAGGUGGUAUUAUUCAAGAAAAAACAUAACAAGAAACACAGAGCAUAAAACAUAACACAUGAAAACACAGAUUUAUAAAAAAAACAUAACAAAAACAAA